AUGUUCAGCUCCGUACGUGAUGGAUAUUACAAUGAGCAACGACGAAUCAGAAAAGCAUCACAAGCAUUUGGAAAUCGUGCGAAGUUCGCGCCGAUCAAUGUUUCGACUGAGACUAAUGAAAGUCAUCCGGAAGAAGAGAUGAAGGAUCGAGAAGGCAGCUCCUCACAGUCUCCGCAUGGAUCAAAGGAGAAUUUUGAUGACGAGGACAGGGAAGCACCGGAGGCGGGCGAUGAGCCGGAUACAGAACGGCAAUCUGUCGGAGUGGAAUUCUCAGCAACCGGAGCAGUUCAGGACUGGUUGGUGGCCGCAGAUGCGCUGGAUGAAGGGAUCCCAGAAAUCCGAGCCUCCGUACCAUCAGUAGUAGCACCGACGACGAUGGUUCGCAAUAAGUCAAAUAAUUAUCUUUGCCCUCCGGAAGUGUAUCGGUGA